UGCUAUGGUAUUGCGGGUAUUGCUUGACUUGAGUUGAGGCUGAGGCUGAAGAAAUAAAUUUUGAUUGUAAACAAACCAUAACCGUGUAAAACUAAAAUACUGCCGUAAAGCAUUAACUUACAAACGAAGUGAAAACUUAAAAAUGAGCUGUACUAAAGAGGAAAUUGAAAGAAAACGUUUAGCAGCUUUACAAAGGCGGCAAAACAACAAUAAAAACUCUCCUUUGAAACCAGCACCUUUGCAAUCUACUUUUUCUCCAUCGCAUUCCACAAAGACUUCAUCAAACAGAAGCUAUCACCCAUAUGCUAAACCUGCUGCAACUCUUAUAGAAAGUUCUGUACCACCCGGCAAGGUUGUAAGUGGUACUAUUUACUUGAUUUCUGAAGACCGAUUUGAAGUCAAUCCUUCAGAGUUCUGUGCUCCAUUGAUUAAUGUAUUCAAAUCUUUACCCUCUAAAAAUUAUGAUCCAGCAUCAAAAUUGUGGAAUUUCUCAAUGGAUGACUAUGAAUCAUUGAUCUCUAAAGUAUCCCAUUUGGCCCCACACAUUGUGUUAGGGCCAUUGCCAAGUUUCGUGCUCAAGGUGUUGAGGGAGCCGACCGUGGACCCCAACUCUGUAGACCUGGCUCCAGUAGAGGCCACUUUGAGGAAUAAACUCAUGCCUUUUCAAGAGGAGGGUGUCAGGUUCUGCAUAGCGAAGCGCGGGUGCUGCAUGUUAGCGGACGACAUGGGGCUCGGCAAGACGUUCCAGGCGCUCGCCGUGGCCAGCUACUACCGGCAGAACUGGCCGCUGCUCAUCGUCACCACAUCCUCUAUGAGAGAAACAUGGCAGACCAAGAUCCACGAGCUCCUCCCCUCCGUGCCCAUGAUGAGCAUCGUGUGUCUGUCCAGCCACCGAGACACGCAGGCCGUAGCGGACAAACUGACAGAUGUAGUGAUCUGUAGCUACAAGCUCGCCACCACCCACCACCAGCUGCUGAAGGAUAAAAAGUUUGGGGUCGUUAUUAUUGACGAAUCCCACCAGCUCAAGUGCCGUCAAGCGGCGUGCACGCGCUCCCUCUCAGCGCUGUGCCGGGGCGCCCCACGCCGGCUGCUGCUCAGUGGGACGCCCGCGCUGAGCAGACCGAGCGAGCUGUACUCACAGCUCAGUGUCAUACAGCCGGGCCUGUUUAGCAACUAUGUGGAGUAUGGUAAGCGCUACUGCGCGGGAAAACUCAACAACUUCGGCUGGGACAUGUCCGGCUGCUCCAACCUCACUGAGCUGAAGAUACUGUUGUCCCGGCGCUUCCUCAUACGACGGACUAAGAGCCAGGCCGCGCCCGCGCUCACACCCACGCACAGAGAAGCGGUAUACCUCGACCAGACCCUACUCCAAUUCUCCACACAACAGAGACAGGAGCUCUCCUCCCUGGCGCAGACAUACACACAGACGUCGACGGACAAACACGCCGCGUUGUUGAGCUUCUUUAGUGAGUCUGCGAGGGUCAAGAUGCCGGCUGUGUGCAAAUACAUCCGCCAAGUCCUCGCAGACGAGUCAACAGCCAAGUUCCUGAUAUUCGCGCACCACAAGACCAUGAUCGACGCGCUCUGUGAGACUCUAGAUGAAGUGGGCACCCACUACAUCUGCAUUGUGGGCAGUACGCCCACCAAUAGCCGCGCUGAGCUAGUAGACAAGUUCCAAACCUCCGUCACCUGCCGGGCCGCGGUCCUGUCAGUGACCGCCGCCAACGCGGGCCUCACGCUCACAGCCGCCAGACUGGUGCUGUUCGCAGAACUACACUGGAACCCCGCCAUCCUUACUCAAGCGGAGUCCCGCGCUCACCGCAUCGGUCAAGAGGGCGCCGUCUGUUCCCGAUAUCUGCUAGCUCCGGGGACGGUCGACGACUUCAUAUGGCCGCUGCUGCAGGGGAAACUCAAUGUGUUAAACGAAGUUGGACUCUGUGGGGAAACAUUUGAGAAUGCCACGACCAGUUUACAGGAAAGCAGAAACAACAUCACACAAUACCUAAGUCCGUCAAGUUCGAAAAACGUAAACGACUACAUACCAGGAACUAAUAUUAGGAAAAACUCAAUAAACUGUGAUAGAAGCAAAAUAAAUUAUAGUAAAGCUAAGGAAAAUAGUUCUAGUAUUAAUAAUAAUGAUAGCUUUAAAGAGGAAGACAUAGACAAGUCGUUCUUCGAAGACAUGGAAGGAGAUGAACUGCUGGCCGGUUUGGACUUAUGAUGUUAAAGAAAAAUAUUUAUUUUCCAUUUUUAAACUAUUGAAGGUUAGUGUUGUACCUUGAAUGUGAUUUAUGGAUCUCCACUCUUAUAAUAUACGAGCCAUAUUGGCAAGAAGCAUAAUACCUAUAUUAUGAGUUUGAGGAAGACUAAUCCAUAUUUAAAUUGCCAUAGAUAGAUGUAUGUAUCUGUAGUUAAGCUGUCACUACACACAACUAAUGGUUAUUGAUUGUUAAAACUCUAGUGGUUUCCACAAUACAGUCAUG